CGAGGCGCCUCGAUGGUGUCAAACGAGGAGGCUGUUAUUGGGCCUGUGGCGACGGAGAAGCAGGAGCCCCUCGUUGACGAACUGUGUGCGUCGCUGUUUGACAGUUCGAUGGAAGCACGGCGGACAGUUCUCGUGAGCUGCGGCGAGCUAAUCUUCCAGUGCGCUCUCACCACGUCCGACCGGCGGCUCCGAAAGCUCAACGCCAGCCUGAGCAACGGGAAGGUGCCGCCGGGUGAGGCGCUGCGACAGCUGUAUGAUCUGGUCGGGAGCGAGGCCGUUUCCUCUGCCGCGAUGGAGCUAACGUUCCCAACGCCGGACGUGCUCUCCCCUCGCGCGUCGCCUCGCAGGUCGACACUCGCCUCCCUCGGAUCGCUCGAGGAGGAGGGGUCGGAGGAGGAGGACGAGGCGCAGAGUGAAUCGAACAUUGCGAUGGACGCGUGACGGCGCCGAUGGAUGGCCUGUUGGGCACGCGUGCUACGUGUGUGUCGGAUGACGGCUGACACGACACAGACAGACAACAAACACAUAUCUCUGCUGGGGGCGCGCGUAGCCGCGCCGAGACAGCCGAGCCGACCAUGGCUCACUUGAGAGCGAAGAGUCAAGAGAGCGACGACCAGCGCGCACGCCUGACCCCGUGGCUGCGCCGCUGCACAGGAAGUUUUUUGGUGUGCUUUUCGUGUAUUCCCGGCUGACCGCUCUUAUGAAACAUGCACUGAGACAC